GGUUUCAAAAAUGGAUCCUGGUAAAUCUUUAUUUCUUCCGUUCCCGCUGGUAGCCGGAUUUGAAGAUUAUUCCACUGAUAAAUUCCGCCAGAUGAAGACGUAUUUGAUCCGUAGAGAAGGCAACGACAGUAAUUUUAAAAGUCUCUACCGUUUUACACGUGAAAAUGUCAGUUAUUUGGCUGAUACUUUUCUCGGUGAGUACACCGAGACGCGAGGAGGCGCGCUGAAUAACGUGCAGAAAAUGAAAUGUUUUUUGCGGUAUGUUGGAGAUCCAGGUUUUCAGGUUGGAGUUGGAGAAGACUUAGGAGUCCACCAAACCACAAUAUGCAAAACCAUUUGGGUUGUUGCUAGAAAAAUUGCCGGACGAGCUCACGAGUGGAUAAAGUUUCUUCAAAAUAAAGAAGAAUUUCAAAAAGAAAAGACAAUCUGGCGAAAAAAAUAUAAUUUCUCAUCAGCAAUUGGUGCAAUAGAUUGCACACACGUGGCAAUUAAACGACCGAAUGAGUAUAAAGAUGAGUAUGUUAAUCGCAAAGGUAUAACCACAUUUAACGUUCAGGCAACAUGCAAUGGUGCAGAAAUGUUCACGAGCGUGGAUUGCCGUUGGAUUGGUUCUGUCCAUGACGCCAGAAUAUGGCGUAACUCUGAAAUUCAAAGUAUUCUUCAAGGGAAUCAAGCAGGAGCAAUCCUUCUGGGCGAUGAAGCCUACCCAUUAACACUUUGGUUAAUGAUUCCAUACAAGAAUACUGUGAAUGAAAAACAAAAAUCAUACAACAUAUUGCACACCAAAGAAAGGGUGAUAAUCGAAAGACUAUUCGGUCAGGUUAAGCAACGAUUUCCGAUCCUUCAAUCCAAAAUCCGUAUAAAGACUGAAAGAAUACCAACCAUGAUAGUUGCUUGCUUCACUCUUCACAAUGUUGCUAAAUAUCUCAAUGACGAGGAUUUUUCCCUAGCUGAGGAGGAGUUAAAUGGACCAAGCAAUGAUUUUCCUGAGCGAGAAGCAAAUGAUACAAGUAAUACGUUACUACAACGCGGAAAACGCCGACGAGAUGCAAUUGCAUCAUUCAUCCAUGGAUAACAAAAAUGCAUAAUUAUUUCUAAUUUCUAACAGCUUUUUCGUUUGUUUAUUUGUUCAUUUUAGUAAUUUUUUGAUAGGCUUAAAAUAAAGUCGA